CUGUGCUCAAGCAAAAGGAGAACACUUAGUGAGAAGCACACAGCUGGCCAUCAUGAAGCCAAGAACAUUCUGUCUGCUGAUACUCUGCUGGUUUAUUAAUGUCUGCAGUCUUCAUCCACUAAUCCGUCCCAGUAAUGGACUUCGUGAAUGUCGCAAAAACUUAAGUUUAACAGCUCUGGAGGUGCUACCAGGUGGAGGCUGGGAUAACCUGCGCAACUUAGACAUGGGACGGGUGAUGAACAUGAGCUAUUCCCAGUGCCAGACCACAGAGGAUGGCGUUUAUCUCAUUCCAGAUGAAAUCUUUGUCAUUCCACAGAAAGUGAGUGGAGUAGAAACAAACUCUGAGAUCAUCACGUCAUGGUUGGAACAGAAAAGCUCCACUUCAAGCUCCAUUAAUGCUGAUGCUUCCUUCUAUUCCAUGGUCAAUGCAAAAUUCUCAACAGAAAACCAACGUAUGAAAACUCACCAAGUGAAAGAGAAUUCGGUAACAGCACGGGUUCAAGUACGUAACCAUCUGUACACAGUAAAGGCGUAUCCCGAUUUCACACUGGACUCCCGCUUUGCUCGCCAGGCAGAGGAAAUUGCAGAUGCUAUUGAGAAUAAUCAAACUCGUCAAGCAACUUAUCUGUCAGAGAAACUCAUACUUGAUUAUGGUACCCAUGUCAUCACAAGUGUUGAUGCUGGUGCCACUUUGGUGCAGGAGGACUAUAUAAAAAUGUCUUUUGUCUCUAACAGUCAGUCAGACAUGUCUUCUGUAUCUGCAUCAGCAGGUGCUAACUUUUUUGACAAAGUUAAAUUUGAUAUUGGUGGCAAAGAAUCCAAAGGUUCCUCUGAAACCAGCACUUAUCAGGGUAACAUCACAUAUUCCAUGAUUUUGAGCCACGGAGGGGCUUUAUUCUACCCAGGUAUCACACUGCAGAAGUGGCAAGCAAGCACGCUCAAUAAUCUGGUGGCUAUUGACCGUUCUGGGCUGCCACUGCACUAUUUUCUUAAUCCAUCAACAUUUCCAGACCUACCAGUACCAACAGUACAUAAAUUGGGUUUAUCAGUCCGUCAGGCAGCAGAGCGUUACUACAAAGUAAAUACCUAUCCAGGGUGUGUAAAUCCAGAUUCCAAAAAUUUUAAUUUCCAGGCAAAUGUGGAUGAUGCAUCCUGUGAGGGUCCAGUCACCAAUCUUAGCUUUGGUGGCAUUUACCAAAAAUGUGAUGCAUUGACAUUAGAUGGAAAUGCCAUUUGUGAUGAGCUAGCAAAGAAAAAUCCAGACACUGGUGAUUAUUCAUGCCGUCAGCCAUUCAUUGCCACUCUGUUACGUUCUGAGACAGUAGAAAGAGGUUACAAUCAUUAUGAGUGCCACAGACACUGUCAUUCAUGUGGUUUCUUAUGGUUGUCUACUUGUUGUGACCAAACAUGUGGUGAUGCUUACAGUGUCCGUCGUGCAAAAAUGGACACUUACUGGUGUUCCACAACAGAGAAAUCCUCUGAAUAUUCUGGGUAUCUUUUUGGAGGUUUAUUUGGAUCGUCUUUUCAAAACCCACUGACCAAAUCUCAUGGCUGUCCUCCAAAUUUCUUUGCCCAAAUGUUUUUGCCUAAUGGCAUGAUGGUUUGCCUGAGCAAUGAUUAUGAGUCAGGAACAAGAUUCUCUGUGCCAUUUGGGGGUUUCUUUAGCUGUCAGUCUGGAAACCCUCUUGUAAAGGGCCAAUCUCGCUGUCCACCUCAGUUCAGCCAACAUCUUGCUGCCAUUAGUGAUGGCUGCCAGGUAUUAUACUGUGUCCAGUCAGGUGUGUUCACUGGUGGUCAGUUAACACCUGUCCACCUACCACCAUUCACAAAACCAGCACUGGUCAGCAUGAUUGCGACAAAUACUGUAGCUGUAAUGACUGAAGGCGAUCACUCCUGGGUGAGAGUUGGAGAAACUAAGAUGUGGCGACUGGCAAAGCCUGGUGAGAUUAGUCAAAUGGCAAUAUCAUUUGACAGCACAUCUUCUCAGAUGUCCGGAGGAGAAAAGACUGGUGUAGCUGUUGGUGUAAUUGUUCUGAUUGCACUUGUGGUGGCUGGAACAGUGUUGGUAGUGAAAAGAAGAAGGAGAUUUUCUGGCAUCAAGGUAAACAGGGGGUAUGAAGAGCUUCAGAAUGAAGGCCAAAGUGAAAGUGUUGUAGAGAUUCAGAGAGAACAACAGAACGAGAAUGUAAAUGAAAACCCCUCUCAACCUCUGUUAGCAUAAUAAUCUCUUUACUAUUCAGGGAUUUGCAGUUAAGAUGCAUUUUAAUAGUACAAUAAGUAUGAUUAAUAGUAGUAGCAGCAGUAGCAAUUACAAUAGUUACAGUAUAGUGACCUCUUCCACUGAAUUUUCACUAAAGAAAAUAAUCACAUUUGUUUUACAAAAAUCUAAGCAUCUGAAUAAUAAUUUCAAUCAAACCACACAUCUUUCCUACUUCUCUUAUUGCUCUGCAAUAUCUACAAGUAAAAUAAUCUAAACUCAUAUUAGUGUUUCAUGCCCAUUUAUUUAUUUAUUUGGCAAGCAGUCUGGUAAUAAGAUGAAUAAUGAGCUGUCCCACAAUUAUUUUCCCCACAAAAUAAACAGUAAAAGAA